GGCCGGGGCGCAGAGUAGGGCCGGGCUGGGCGAGCGCACGGCCAUGGCCCCGUGGCUGCAGCUCUGCUCCGUCUUUUUCACGGUCAACGCCUGCCUCAACGGCUCGCAGCUGGCCGUGGCCGCGGGCGGCUCCAGCAGAGCGCGGGGCGCGGACACCUGCGGCUGGAGGGGAGUGGGGCCGGCCAGCAGGAACAGCGGGCUGCACAACAUCACCUUCAGAUAUGACAACUGCACCACUUACUUGAAUCUGGUGGGGAAGCACGUAAUUGCUGACGCCCAGAACAUCACUAUCAGUCAGUAUGCUUGCCAUGACCAAGUGGCAGUCACCAUUCUUUGGUCCCCAGGGGCCCUCGGCAUCGAAUUCCUAAAAGGAUUUCGGGUAAUACUGGAGGAGCUGAAGUCAGAGGGCAGACAGUGCCAACAACUGAUUCUAAAGGACCCGAAGCAACUCAACAGUAGCUUCAAAAGAACUGGAAUGGAAUCUCAGCCUUUCCUGAAUAUGAAAUUUGAAACGGAUUACUUUGUAAAGAUUGUCCCUUUUCCUUCCGUUAAAAAUGAAAGCAAUUAUCACCCUUUCUUCUUCAGAACCCGCGCCUGUGACCUAUUGUUACAGCCGGACAACCUGGCCUGUAAACCCUUCUGGAAGCCUCGGAACCUGAACAUCACCCAGCAUGGUUCGGACGUGCAGGUGUCCUUCGACCACGCGCCACACACCUUUGGCUUCCGUUUCUUCUAUCUUCAUUACAAGCUCAAGCACGAAGGACCCUUCAAGCGAAAGACCUGUAAACAGGAGCAAAAUACAGAGACAACCAGCUGCCUCCUUCAAAAUGUUUCUCCAGGGGAUUAUAUAAUUGAGCUGGUGGAUGACACUAAUACAACAAGAAAAGUGAUGCAUUAUGCCUUAAAGCCAGUGCAUUCCCCGUGGGCUGGGCCCAUCAGAGCUGUGGCCAUCACUGUGCCGCUGGUCGUCAUAUCAGCAUUCGCAACGCUCUUCACUGUGAUGUGCCGCAAGAAGCAACAAGAAAAUAUAUAUUCACAUUUAGAUGAAGAGAGUUCUGAGUCCUCCACCUACACCGCAGCACUCCCCAGAGAGAGGCUCCGGCCACGGCCGAAGGUCUUCCUCUGCUAUUCCAGUAAAGAUGGCCAGAAUCACAUGAAUGUCAUCCAGUGUUUUGCCUACUUUCUCCAGGACUUCUGCGGCUGUGAGGUCACUCUGGACCUGUGGGAAGACUUCAGCCUCUGCAGAGAAGGGCAGAGAGAAUGGGUCAUUCAGAAGAUCCAUGAGUCCCAGUUCAUCAUCGUGGUGUGUUCCAAAGGCAUGAAGUACUUCGUGGACAAGAAGAACUACAAGCACAAAGGUGGCCCCCGAGGCUCGGGGAAGGGGGAGCUCUUCCUGGUGGCCGUGUCAGCCAUCGCCGAGAAGCUCCGCCAGGCCAAGCAGAGCUCAGCAGCGGCGCUCAACAAGUUCAUCGCCGUCUACUUCGAUUAUUCCUGCGAGGGAGACGUGCCCGGCAUCCUGGACCUGAGCACCAAGUACAAACUCAUGGACAACCUUCCGCAGCUCUGUUCCCACCUGCACUCCCAAGACCACGGCCUCCAGGAGCCGGGGCAGUACCCCGGGCGCGUCAGCAGGAGGAACUACUUCCGGAGCAAAUCGGGCCGCUCGCUUUACGUUGCCAUUUGCAACAUGCACCAAUUUAUUGACGAGGAGCCCGACUGGUUUGAGAAGCAGUUCGUUCCCUUCCAUCCUCCCCCGCUCCGCUACCGGGAGCCAGUCCUGGAGAAGUUUGACUCAGGCUUGGUUUUAAACGACGUCCUGUGCAAACCAGGACCCGAGAGCGAUUUCUGCCUCAGGGCCGAGGCGGCCGUCCCCGGGGCGCCGGCCGACUUGCACUCGGAGGGCCAGCAGCUCGGCCUGGACCCAGACGCGGAGGCCGGGCCCAGCCCCAGCGGCAGCUCGGUCCUGCAGCCCCUGCUGCACACGGUGAAAGCCGGCAGCCCCUCGGACAUGCCGCGGGACUCGGGCAUCUACGACUCCUCCGUGCCCUCGUCCGAGCUGUCCCUGCCCCUGAUGGAGGGGCUCUCGACGGACCAAACAGAAACGUCCUCGCUGACGGAGAGCAUGUCGUCCUCCUCAGGCCUGGGUGAGGAGGACCCUCCUGCCCUUCCUUCCAAGCUCCUCGCCUCUGGGGCAUGCAAAGCAGAACCUGGUUGCUGCAGCUACACUGGUGAACUCCAUGCGGUCGCCCCUUUGUAAUGAAACAGAAGAGUCUAAGCAUUGCCACUUUAGCUGCAGCCUCUCUCUGAUUCCCCAGCUCAUCUGGUUGUGUGGCCCACGUGGAGCUGAGGUCUCCUACAAGGAUCUUCAGGGUGAAAUUCGGGCCAGUACUUGCUGUCCUUGCCCUGGCCCUCUACCAGAUAUCUUGGCAAAGUUUCCAAUUUUCUAAAACCAUUUGGAGCCCUGAAAGGCACGUGCAUAAGGUCUGACAACAGCUUGUCACGUUAGGUCAUCCGUUGGAUUAGAGCCAAUUCUGGGAGGUAGGGAGGAAAUAUGUAAAGAGAAACAGGAAAAUAUACUGAUCAUUCAGACUUAAUUUAUCUGUGCAAACUUUGCCUAUUCACUGUUGGCUACUUUGAUUUGAAAUGCUUCGUGGAAAAAGCACUUUUAAUGCUAUUAACAGCCACAGAAAUCAAAUGCCAGUCUGCCUGGAAUCCACGUCAUUACAGGUGAUCUUCCUGUCCACUUUUGGUGUGGAACUUACGAUGCCGUAGGUAUUAAAAAACCUCUGAGUCAAAGGUCAAGAAGGUGACUGAAUAUACGGUCACCAUUCAUAAAACGAUUCUUUAUGUAUUAGUGGGUGGCAUGGCUGACUGAGGUGGGGGCUGCAGGGCCAGGCUGACCAUCUAGACCAUUCUUUCUGAGAUGGGUUGUCAACACGUAGAAGGCACCAGAGCUCAGCACCCAAGGCCACCUCUUGGUCUGAGCAGGCAUCAUGCGAGGGCCAGAUCUGCCUGCCACGUUUCCCUGGGUUACAUUUACCGUGCUGUGUCUCAGAUGUCGGUGCCUGGAAGUUUAUUUUUAAGAGACUGAUACCCAGCAGGGCUUUGUUAGUGGAUGUUACAGUUCGUGCUUUGGUUGGCCUCUGGUCUAAAGCUGUGUCCAGAAUAUUAGGGAUCAGAAUCCACUGAAAUUCGGCAGUGUGUGGAGUGGAGGUAGUGGCCAGUUACCUGCUGAACUGGUUUUGACUAAGGACAAACCUCUUUUUAAGAAGGUGAAAAGGAGGGGACUGUCGCAAAGGAUGAGUGUGCUCUUCGAGUAUUGUCUAAAGAAGACAUGGGCCCUGAAAUCAUUAAAUUCUCUAAUCUUAAAGCACUCCCCCCACAGCCCAAGCUGUGCAUCAUGUUUUUGGGUUUCUAUUGUACUUGUCCAAUGAAAGAUUUAUCUCUUGUGCUCCAUCCCACCAAAAAUAGGUAUUUAGAACUUAGGAGGAAAGAAUUUGCUUUAAAAAGGAAAAGUAUAUGUUCUAUUUUUAUGAAUGACUUCUCUACAGAAUUUCUGUUUCUGAAGGGAAAACACUUGUUCCCUUCUCCUCCCCAUGCCCUUGAAGGGUUGUGAGUGUCUUUUUCCACUUUUUUCAUAGGUGCUCUUGGAUUGGGCACCCUGUUUCCUCAGCACUCACACCAGGGACCAUGGUUUUCGCUCCUUCAGCAAAUAGGACCGAUAUUAAGGGAGACACUGAGAAACAUCCCAAGGCGAGGUGGGAUGGUGCAUGGUGCAGGACUUUCCUUCUCAGCACAAGCUUGGCAGGUAGGGAAGGGAAGGUUUGCACCCCUGCUGGAAAAAAGAGGUUUCUGUGUAUUUUUGAUGCAAAUGUUAUACUCCCUGCUCUGUAAAGGCAGCUGCCAGCUUCUCUGGAGAAGAACGUGCUCAUCUGUUCUCUGGCAUCAAGUUUCCUGCAGCUGCUCUGAGGGAGAGACAAGUGAGCUGCAGAACCUUCUCCCCCAUAAAACCAGGCAUCUUGUUGGAGAAGAGACAUUCCAUGUUGUCACCGUAGAAUUCGGGACGAGUGCAGAGCUCCUGCCACACGUGACUAUCUUGCCGUUCCAUCAUCGGCAUUCGUUCUGUGAAGGAGAUUGGUCUGUCCAAACUUGCUAACAUAAGAAAAUUCAGUUUGGAACAUUUUUAGAGAGAUUUCUUAUUGAAGCCAAGAAAUGGUGCAUGCCCCAAAGGAACCAUUAGGAACUGCUUUUAGGAUAGAUAUUCAGCUUUGUAGUGAAAUGAGAAAGUGGCCCCAGGGACAGCGUGGAGGUCUGGAGGGGAAGCAUCAGCUGGGCUCUAGGAGCAUGAGCAGAGAGCUUGCUAAAUGGACUCACUUUUGAAAAUGGGAAGGAAAAAAGUGUGCUAGUCCAAGAAUCAGGUGACGUUUUAGUUUGGACUUAGGGUUUGGGUGCUUAUUUUGAAAUACUAAUGUUUGUGAUGUUCAACAGCAUCAGUCUCCCUUGUGCCAGAUAAUGAAACGAUAGCAUGAAUGCCUAAUUCAGAAUAGUCUGAAAAGUCUAACUUCCUGGUUUUGCCUUAUUAGUUUUACUUGUUUUUUUUUUACCCUUCCCAGCUCAUGCUGGGAGUGGGAAUAGUUGCCUUAUAGAUUAAGGCAAAACAUCUGUUUUAUGGAGAGCUGCAUUUUUUGACUCACACAUUGUCCCAGACAGUGGAAAUGAUAAGUUGGAAUUCAGAUAAAGGUUCUGCCAAGUCACAGGCUUUUAGACUCUGGGGAAACAAGAAUCAGAAUAUAGGAUGAUCUCAAUGAAAAGCCUUGAUCCUGAGAGUAAAAAGCUUGUGUGGCUAAGUUAGAUGGUGUCCUCUGGGCAGGAGACCAGGGGUAAGUCCAGGGUUCCAGGUAACCAAGAGGCCUGCAGGUAGUUGAAGGUAGGGAGCUGGUUGUUUAUCUUAACUCACUGACACCCUACGGAAAGGACUUAGCAUCUGACACCGUCAGCUUUGCCAGGAGAGUGAUCAGGGAGGUGAAAGCCAAGGUAAGGUGUGUUAUUCUUUCAGAGAUUGGCUACAAGCCAAAGGGACCACCUGCACAGACCCAGCCCAGCCAUGCAGCGGGUAGACGGUCCUCUAGAGGGUGAGUCCUGGGCCUUUGAGGCACAUUGAUCUCCAGAAAGAAUCAGAAGUCAUUUGGGUCUAGGCCCAGGUACUCAAGUGGGUGACCCAGCCAGGUAAUAGUAUUUUGAGCCAAAAAUGAGAUGGGGCCAUAAAGUUAUGAGACAGCUUUUGGUUGACACAUUAGCAAUAACUGAAGACAGUCCCAGGUCAGAAGUUCAGAAAAUGUCUUUAGCAAUGAUGACAUCAUUGGAAUCAAUGUGUAGUAAUUUAAGUUCAUGUGUGUGUGUUUGUCAAUUUAGGCUUGCUACUUCAUAGCCACAGGGUCUUUUUUUUUU